AUGGGAGGGCCACCCCCGAGCAGUUACAAAGGGGCCGAACGAGGCCGCGGCGCGAGGCGAGGCUCUCUGGUUCCUCGGGGCGGGGGCACCGAGACGCGGCCCCGGCCCCUGGAAAGGACCGGACGCGGACUACGACGGGGGACCAUGGAGGCGGCCACGGCGGCGGCGGCCGUCGCGGGGAAGGCGACCGUGCCCCCCCGCUACCAGAUGUUUCUCCUCCUGGCGGCCACGGGGCUGGUCCCAGGGGCGGCGGGUUUGCAGUGUUUCUGCCACCUCUGUAUUAAAGAAAAUUACACAUGUGUGACAGAUGGACUUUGCUUUGUUGCUGCAACACAGAGUGCAGACAAAGUUAUAUACAAUAGCAUGUGUAUUCCGGAAGUUGAUUUAGUUCCCCGAGAUAGGCCAUUUGUAUGCGCUCCCUCUCUAAGAGAUGGGUUUUUGAUGUCACCUUUCUGUUGUGCCAAAGACCACUGCAACAAAAUAGAGUUCCCAACAGGCACCCCGCUGAAGCCAUCCAAUCUCGGCCCUGUGGAGCUGGCAGCCGUGAUCGCUGGGCCUGUCUGCCUCGUCUGUAUCUCUUUGAUGCUGAUGAUCUACAUUUGCCACAAUCGCACUGUCAUACAUCACCGUGUUCCCAAUGAAGAGGAUCCCUCCUUAGAUCGCCCUUUUAUUUCAGAGGGCACGACGUUAAAGGACCUAAUUUAUGACAUGACCACAUCAGGAUCUGGGUCAGGACUGCCAUUGCUUGUUCAAAGAACUAUUGCAAGAACUAUCGUGCUUCAAGAAAGCAUAGGGAAAGGUCGCUUUGGAGAAGUCUGGAGAGGAAAAUGGAGAGGAGAGGAAGUCGCAGUAAAAAUAUUUUCCUCAAGAGAAGAACGUUCCUGGUUCCGUGAGGCAGAGAUUUAUCAGACUGUAAUGUUACGUCAUGAAAACAUUCUGGGGUUUAUAGCGGCUGACAAUAAAGACAAUGGUACGUGGACUCAGCUGUGGUUGGUUUCCGAUUAUCAUGAACAUGGGUCCCUUUUUGAUUACUUAAAUAGGUACACAGUUACUGUGGAAGGGAUGAUAAAACUAGCUCUAUCUACCGCUAGUGGACUAGCGCAUCUUCACAUGGAGAUUGUUGGCACUCAAGGCAAACCAGCAAUUGCCCACAGAGAUCUGAAAUCAAAGAAUAUUUUAGUCAAGAAGAACGGAACGUGCUGUAUCGCAGACCUAGGCCUUGCAGUGAGACAUGACUCCGCCACAGACACAAUUGAUAUCGCUCCGAACCACAGAGUGGGAACAAAAAGGUACAUGGCCCCUGAAGUUCUAGAUGAUUCCAUAAAUAUGAAACACUUUGAAUCAUUCAAGCGCGCUGACAUCUACGCAAUGGGAUUGGUUUUCUGGGAAAUAGCUCGGAGAUGUUCAAUUGGUGGAAUUCAUGAAGACUACCAGCUGCCUUAUUAUGAUCUCGUACCUUCUGAUCCAUCAGUAGAUGAGAUGCGCAAAGUUGUUUGUGAACAGAAGUUACGGCCAAAUAUUCCAAAUCGAUGGCAGAGUUGUGAAGCCUUGCGAGUGAUGGCCAAAAUUAUGCGAGAAUGUUGGUAUGCCAAUGGAGCGGCUAGGCUCACAGCUUUACGUAUUAAGAAAACAUUAUCACAACUCAGUCAACAGGAGGGCAUCAAAAUGUAAUUCAGCAUCUCAGCUGAACGACACUCUAGAUCCAUUAUCUACUCCUGGGUUUUCGUGUUCGGAAGGUCAGUUGUUCUACCUCACUGAGAGGGAACAAAAGGAUAUUGCCUCCUUUUGAAACAUGGAAGUAACAGUGGAUUACUAACCCCCAGGAUUAUUGUGGACCCAAGAAGAAGCUGUGUGGGUUCUUCUGUGCACUAUGAACACCUCUUUCCCAGGACAGUUACAAAAAAAGUUGUGUAGUCUCUUUAUUUUUAUUAACAUGAAAGUUGUUUUUUAAAAGUUGAUUGCCAGUCUUAACUUUAGUUAACUCUGCUAAAGAUUUAUCUUUUUAAAAAGGGGAGCUGAAUUGUAAAGGACAUUAUUAUUAAUGUAAGUGAUUUGAUCCUGGUUAGUACAAUCUCAAAGUAUUCUGAACCACUAAAAUUAUCCUUGAUUCAGACUUUGAAUGUGCUGCAGUUUAAUUUUCAGGAUCUUCUAAAACAAUGAACUACCCUUACAAAAUUCUUAGCUUGAAUUUUAAAAUGACCUCAUCUGAUUGAGAACUUAAUUUAUGCAGUUAUAUUUUGUAUACUAUUAUUUCACUUACUCAGAAUCACAAGCCUUCAAAGUGAAAUUGUACUAUACCAGUAAGUGCCACUUCUGUGUCUUUCUGAUUCAAAUUAGUAAAAUUGUAGAAAGUCUACUUGCAUAAUCAGAUCUACAGAGGCUAAAUUGAAAAGGUUAAUUUAGCUGAUUGAAAAUAAUGUAGUAUUUUGGGCAUAUAGUUAUACCAUUCCUAAAAAUCUUACCAAAAUAUGCUUUUAAACCACUAUGAAAAUUAGAUAGUAUUAAAGUUAGCUAAUUUAGUUAUAUGGUCAACAUUUUAACAAUAUGCUAUUGAGUUUUAAUUGUAAUAUCUGUAGAGUUUUUUUAAAUCAAGUGGCACUCUUUAGAUGCUUGUAGUACUUUAAUAAUUUAAAAUGAGCAUAAAGACUAAUUUUUUUAAAAGGGAAAAGUUUGCUAUAUUUAGCUGCUUGUAAAAAGGUGUUUGUGUGUGGCUCUAUAAACCUUUUUUUCUUUAUCUGAUCAAAAACAGUGUUUUUUUAAUGUAAUUACCACACUGUUAAAAGUUCAGUAGAUUUUUUUUCCUUAGAAAAGUGAAAGCAACUUAUAGAUUGAAAGGUAAUGGUUGUACAAGAUACAAGUGCAUCAGUUAAGUAAAAAGUAAACUUGUCCUGUGGCUUCUGCUGAUAUUUUUGUUAUUAUGUUGAAGCUAGAGUGCUUUUUUGAGGUAUCCUUAAAACCUGGAAGGUGAUGAAGCUUUUAAUUCAACUUUUCCUCUUUGUAAUAUGAGCAGAAUAUUCCAAGAUGCAUAAUAUGUAUUUGAAUUUUUCACUUGGUGUUUGAGAAAAAAAUCUGAAAGUAUCGGAUGAAUUUCAAAAUUCACAAAUGUGUUUUGAAUCAAGUACAUAAAGGAAAUUUGUCAUAGGCUUCAAAUUAAUGAGUUUAUGGCUGUCCUUUUCUUCCAGUGCUAUAAAAUCUUUUCAGUGUUUUCCCAGUUUUCAAAAUUUUUAUUUAAUCAUUGCAAUCUAUCCAAGUUGUAAAAAAAUCUCUCAAGAUAGCUGUAAUAAGUUGUCUUUGAAUUUACUGUUGUCUAUUUUAAAAUAAAUAAUUGGAAUAACUUUAUAGUAUUUUUAUUUUAAUGAUAGCCAUGCAGCUGAAUAGGGGUUGCAUUACAAUAUCUUGUCUCUUAAAAUCUGAAAGAACAAAUCUGAGAGACAGUUAGUCCAAAACCAAAGUAAUACUAGAAUUAAGUGAUGUUAUUUACGAAUUUAGCAUUUAUUUCACUUAGAUAUCAUGAGUGAAACCAUGAUUAGUAGCCACUAAUACAUACAGCAUGGUAUUUUAAUUUGCAUAAAUUUGAGCUUUUUUUUUUCCUCUGUAAUCAUCCCAAAAAAAUUUUGGGAGAUUCACUUUUGUAAUUGUUAUAUUACUAAACAGAAAAUAGGUACCUCUAGCUUUGUGAACACUUUAAAAUUAAGAUUUGUAAACUCAAUUCAUUUGCUUUUAUUAAAUUCAGGGGACCAAUACAUUUUAUCAUUUAAAAGAUUUUAUAUCAUUUUAAGAAUAUACCAAAAUUUCUUGUCUAAUUAAAAAAUUAUAGUGAAUGAAUUGUGAAAGGUAAAAUUUCAACAAAGAACAUAUUUAAUAUCACUAGAAGGAAGGUUGAAUUAACAUUAGGCUGUUCCUGGCUACUUAGGCAUAGAUAACACUUUUGUUAAAUCAGGGAUUUCAUUAGUCAGUUUCUUUAUUAGGUUUUAAUAUAGUUUUAUUUAUGAAUAUGACUCUUAUUCUUUGGGCCAAUGAUGGUUUAAAUAACCCCAAAUUAUGUACUAUUGGAAAAGAUGACUUAAAAGUAAAACUGAACAUUUGUGAGGCAAUAAUUAUAAGUGAAAAUAGCCUGAUGGUGUUAGUUUGGUAAUAUGGAAACAGUUGCCUUCUUGCAUGCUGUUUACAUUUCAUAUAUUUAAUCCUAAAAAUAAACAACAUGAGUUAAAAUGUCCUAUGUCCAAAAACCCCACCCCCACCCUGGAAAGGAAGCUACAAAACAGAGCAUGUGUCGUGUCCACAAGCAGCACCACGUCUAUAAUGUUACUCUUUGCCAACUCUUCAGAGUCUACAACUUCUUCCUAAUGAAUUUCUUUGGACUUCCUGGGAGUUUUAUGGUUGCUGACUGAGGUUGUCCGCUGUUUAACAGCAUCCCUUAAUUCUCUGAGAGUAAGGCAUGACAAUGUAGUCUGCCCACAGAUCAUAGCCGUCUGGGUGGACAGAGCUCUGUGCCCUGAAACUCCUACAGACUUGUACGAGAUUUGGUGAGAUGACAGGUUGACAGUCGUGGCAGUGCUGAUUGAUCUGGAAAUCAUGAAAAGCACAGGGGAAAGACUCUCUAGACCCAGUAGUAGUGUGGGAGCUAUGCCUUUGCCUCAGCCAGGUUCAUUGUACAAUGAAAAAGUGCCUCCACGAAGCAAGAAUGGACAUCGCUGUAAUAAGUACUAAAUUUGGGAGGGUUAAUUAGCCUGUCAUUUUGCAUCACAUAAACCGUUUCCUAGUUCCUCCUUAAAAAAAGGUGUGCUAUGCAGAUUAAAAGUGUGAGUAAAACAAAAUCUGUAUUACUUUUUGCUGUGUUUCAUCAAUAUCUCAUUCAUGUCCUUCUAUUGAACCAGUGAUUGAAAGUGAGAUGUUAAAGAUAUUUCUUUUGUUUGGCAAAUGGGAGAGCAGAUUCUUGUUCCAAUUUAAUAGCUUUCUAGUCUAGUUGGAAAGAAAGUGACAGUUUUCAAAUGGUUUCAGUCUUUUAAGAGUAGUACUGGAUUGGACUGCCUCCUUCGAGGGACCGUUUGGAAUGCUGGAAUACUUCUGUAUGCUGGAAUUGCUGGAUUUCUUGGAUGUUUCAGAGUACAAUAUUGGCACUUUUCACUCCAAUGCUAAAUUUUUGCGUGUUGUUAUACCUUUGAAAAUGUGGCUAAUAACAUUUGACUCAUUAAUUUUUCUAAACAAAAAUUGUAAAAUAAGUCAUGAACCAUUUUUUAUAUCCUUUUUCACACCGUGCCAUUGAAAAUGAUUAUAGAGGUAUUUGGUGUUAAUUUACAUGUAAAGAAAAUGCUUCAAUAUAUCAUUUGCUUUAAACCUAAAUUACCUCUUGAAAGACCAAGGUACAUUUACCUCAUCGUGUAUAUAAUGUUUUAAUAUUUGUCAGAACAUUCUCUUGAUUUGCAGUUGUUUCUAUAAACUAUGGGUAUUUUAUUGCUAAAUUUACAACUCCAAUGGUACUGUUUAUAAUUGUGCCCCAUAUGACACCAUCUAUCCUUUCUAUUUUCUGUAUUUUAUUGUAUUUUUGCAAAUUGUGGUGGCUUUCAAGAUAGCAUAUGCCCUUCUGGAGAUGUACAAAUUAUGCCCUGUAUAAAAUUUAUGUUUCAGGUGAUUAAAAAGCUUAUACAGAUGACAAAAAAAAUCACAAACCAUAUUUCCCCAUAAAAAUUUGGAAAUUAUAUAUUGUAUUUGUAGUACAUACCCAAAAUGGGUUUGUAAGUAGGAAGUAGAGUAAUGCUUCUGUUAGCAUUUAACACUACAAUAGAAAGAUUAAAGCAAUGCAAAUAAACUACUUUUUUUCCAAGCACUAUUA